GAUUCUUUGCCUAGUGCUGUUAAAUCUCUUUUGUAGGACUUCAAGGAUGUGUUUCCAAAUGAUGUUCCUAAUGGUCUACCACCAAUAAGAGGAAUCGAGCAUCAAAUUGACUUCAUUCCUGACGCAACAAUUCCAAACCGACCAGCAUAUCGAAGCAAUCCCAAUGAGAUGAAAGAACUUCAAAGGUAGGUUGAAGAACUCAUGAAAAAGGGACAUGUGAGAGAAAGCAUGAGUCCAUGUGCAGUUCUAGUGCUGCUUGUGCUUAAGAAGGAUGGGACUUGGCGUAUGGGCAUUGAUUGUUGCGCUGUCAACAAAAUCACUGUAAAGUAUCGUCACCCUAUUCCUAGAUUAGAUGACAUGUUAGAUGAACUGCAUGCUAAUGAAAUUGCAAUAGACAAAGAAAAGAUUAAGGCUAUUGAAGAAUGGCCAACACCUAAGAAUAUUUCUGAGGUGCGAAGUUUUCAUGGUUUGCCAAGUUUCUACCGAAGAUUCAUCAAGGACUUCAGCACAAUUGCAGCUCCAUUGACUGAAAUUGUGAAAAAAAGUGUUGGAUUUAAGUGGGAAAGUGAACAGGAGAAUGCUUUCAAUUUGAUUAAGGAGAAUUUAAUUUCUGCACCAUUACUUGCUUUACCUGAUUUUACUAAAACUUUUGAAAUUGAAUGUGAUGCAUCAGGUAUUGGCAUUGGUGCUGUUUUGAUGCAAGAGCGACGAACUGAGCAAUAUGCAAAUCAGGCCAACAAAGGGUGCAAAGAAGUUGUGUUUGAACCUGGAGAUUGGGUGCAUAUGCGAAAGGAGCGAUUCCCUGCACAAAGGCAUUCUAAGUUGCAACCAAGAGGCGAUGGAUCAUUUCAAGUGAUUGCAAGGAUAAACAACAAUGCAUACAAGUUGGAGCUUCCUGGUGAGUAUAAUGUUAGUACUACUUUUAAUGUUUCUGGUCUUUCUCCUUUUGAUGUAGGUGACGAUUUGAGGACAAAUCCUUUUGAGGAGAGAGGGAAUGAUGGGAUUCAAGAUGACCCCACAUGUACCACGUCAAGAGAUCCAUUACACAUUCCAGGAGGUCCAGUCACGAGAGCUAGAGCUAGGAAGAUGCGAGAAGCUUUAAAUGGCCUUAUUGAGCAGAUCUGGGUUGAUAACAACAUGCAAGAAGUAAAUCGAGACUUGGAUGAUUAUCAAGGCAUGAUAAACAUCAUUCAGGUUCAAGAGAAGCUUAAUUGAGGGCUUGUAACCCUAAUUGGGGGGAAGGUAUUGAAUCUGAGAUUUUGAGAGACUUUUCUCUUUGGUUCGUUUCAAAACUUUACAGAACUUAUCAAUAUUAUUCUUGUGGUGUUCUAACCUGACUUAUCAUUCUCGUUCUUAAUUGUUCGAGGGUGUGCCGUCAACCAACUUUAUACCUCCGGUUCUUGUUGCGUCAUAGACAACGAGUUAAGGUUUUUACCUUUGGUUCUUGUUGCGACAUAAACAAUGGGUCAAGGUCCUAUUAUAAACCUAAUUUAUCUUU